CCAGGAAAGACAAUUGCGGUUCCAACAAUAACGAAACUAACUAAAGAUCUUGAAAUAAUAAUGAAAAGAAAUUUGAAAACUUUUGACCUAGAUAAUGCAUCCAUACGUGUCCGAAAGAAUGUUACUUCGAUACUUAAAUUAAUUGGAACCAAUCAUAAUGAUGAUAAUUUUUUACGAGAAAAUAAAAUAGGAUAUAACAUACUUCUUGCAUCGUCUCAGACCCAAACAUUAAAUAACCACAAAUAG